UCUGCGUAGAAAAAAAAACCCCUCAGUCGUUUGUCAGUGCAGUUCGAAAACGGGUUCCUCCGGUGUGGUUCGUGGCAGUUCCGUUCCGACGUUCGUUUCCUUCUUGGGUUGUAAAGCUUCGACCUAGCGUCGAUUCCCGCGUGUGUUUGCUUAUUUUCCGUGCUUGAAGAAGCAGUAAGAUGGCCCCAACCGCAGCAGUGCCGCUGGCGAAACCGAGCCAAGAAUCGCCGGUCGGAAUCAACGCCAUCCUGCUGGGACCGCCCGGCUCCGGCAAGGGAACACAGGCCCCUCUGCUGAAGGAAAAGUUCUGCGUGUGUCACCUGUCCACCGGAGACAUGCUGCGGGCGGAAAUCGCCGCCGGCUCGAAGAUCGGUGCCCAGCUGAAGAAGGUCAUGGACGAGGGCAAGCUGGUGUCGGACGACCUGGUCGUGGACAUGAUCGACUCGAACCUGGACAAGCCCGAGUGUCGGAACGGAUUUCUGCUGGACGGAUUCCCCCGGACGGUGGUGCAGGCCGAAAAGUUGGACCAGCUGCUGGACAAGCGCAACACCGGACUGGACGCCGUGAUCGAGUUCGGCAUCGACGAUUCCCUGCUGGUGCGUCGCAUCACCGGCCGACUUAUCCACCAGGCCAGCGGUCGCUCGUACCACGAGGAGUUCCACCCACCGAAGGUCGCCAUGACCGACGACGUGACCGGCGAGCCGUUGAUGCGCCGCAGCGAUGACAAUGCCCAUGCCCUCGUCAAGCGACUGGAGUCGUACCACAAGCAGACGAAACCGCUGGCCGAUUACUACGCCCUGCGCGGUCUGCACUUCCGGGUGGACGCCGCCCGGAGCGCAUCGCAAGUGUUUGAGCACAUUGACAGUAUCUUCAUGAAGCAGCGGUCAGCACGGUUGGGACUGUAAAAAAAAACAAGGAAGAUCACCAACAAGACGACGACGAAGACGUAAUCUAUCUAUAUCCGGAACAACCAGCACACUACCUUUACUGCGGGAUAAGUUUUUAAAGUGACGUCAAUGUUUCCUAAAAAAACGACAACAUUUAGUAAGCAUUUAGUAGAGGAGCCAUCCGAGAAUAAUUGUAGUUAAAUCAAAUUGACAACACAAGCAACAAGGUCGCUAACCCCGCGCACGCUGACUCUAGAGAAAGAAGGAAGGAUAGUUUAGAGAGCCUAUUUUUGUUAACUUGAUCAAUCGAAGGGGGAAAAAAAGACAAACAUCUGUAUUAUUGUACUGUAACAACGGAAUACCGAACUAUCGACGGUACACACACAUACACAAACACACAUUCACACCUACGUAAGGGACAAACUUGUUGCCAACUUGCGUAACAAAAAUUGGUGGCGCUAAAUGUUAUUUUGUCAAGACAGAAAAAGAUGGAAGAGCAAUAUCUAUUGUACUGAAUAUGCAUCGUGUUGAAGACUCUUUCAAUGGUGGAGAGGAUUAAAAAAUAAAAUCAAUGGAUCACACUUGAUAAAUGGUUGAAUGGUAACACAA